UAAAAAUGAAAAGAAUUGAUCUUCUUCAAAAAAUUAAAGGACUAGGUUUCAAUAAAGUUAAUUUGCUGGAAUCUUUGUUUAAAGAAGUUUUAAAUGUUUAUAAUCUUCAUGAAGAUGACUUCAAUAAAUCAGAGCUUACCAACUUAAAGAAUAAGUUGUCUGUUUUUAAAGCAAAAGUGGGAAAUAAGUUAGAAAAGCAUAAUAGAAACUAUGACAGAUUGAUUUUAAAAGAGGGUGUUUGGCUACAGGAGGAGUUUUUUCCAGAUCUUGUUAAAAGAAUUAAAUCUAAAGUAGGUCAGGUAGAAAAAAUAAAGUUUGGGAAAAUCUUGGUGAAAGAAGCAAAAGAGCUAAAAUUGCCUAUUUGGCUGAAAACCAUCAUGAAGCAUUGGCUUUAG